CCGGCGUCCCCUCUCCAUCGCCUCUUUCUCACACAGAGUUGAGUUCUGUUCACGUGAGGUUGUGUCUCCUAGAAUUAAGGUCACACAACCCACUUAAUUUCGUGAAAUAAUUACAAAAAAAAUUAAAAAAAAAACAUAAAAGUACCUAAAAACCCUUAAAAAAAUCGAAAAAUAUAGUGAAAAGUAAUAGAAACAAAUGUUGAAACUAGUGCGCGCAUUCAACGUGGUUUGACUGACAGACGAGCCAUUUUGAGGAGAUAUACGCCACGUUGGAAAUAUAGAUAUUUUUAAUCAAUUCUUAUUAAUAAUUAAUUUGUUCGUGGUUUAAGUAUAUAAAGGCCGUAAGAUAUGAAUCCAGGGGCUCCUAACUACCCGAUGGCGUCCCUUUAUGUUGGAGAUCUGCAUUCCGACAUCACCGAGGCGAUGUUGUUUGAGAAGUUUUCGACUGCGGGGCCCGUAUUGUCGAUAAGGGUAUGCCGAGACAUGAUCACGAGGCGCUCCUUGGGCUACGCCUACGUUAAUUUCCAGCAGCCUGCCGAUGCCGAGCGAGCCAUAGACACCAUGAACUUCGAUAUGCUCAAGGGCAGACCUAUUCGCAUUAUGUGGUCUCAAAGAGAUCCCUCUUUGCGUAAGUCAGGUGUAGGCAAUGUGUUCAUCAAGAACUUAGACAAAAGCAUUGAUAAUAAGGCAAUGUACGACACAUUCUCUGCUUUCGGCAACAUAUUAAGUUGUAAAGUGGCGCAAGAUGAAACAGGUGCUUCCAAGGGCUAUGGCUUCGUCCACUUUGAAGCCGAAGAUUCUGCCAACAAGUCUAUUGACAAAGUUAAUGGCAUGCUGUUGAAUGGCAAGAAGGUUUACGUAGGCAGAUUUAUUCCACGCAAGGAACGCGAGAAGGAACUUGGAGAAAAGGCCAAACUUUUUACCAAUGUGUAUGUCAAGAACUUCGGAGAAGACAUGACAGAUGAAUCCUUGCGUGACAUGUUUGAGAAGUAUGGGCGUAUCACAAGCUACAAGAUCAUGAGCAAAGAUGAUGGUAAAUCUAGGGGAUUCGGAUUCGUUGCUUUUGAUGAUCCAGAUGCAGCUGAACUGUCGGUUAUUGAGCUCAAUGGCAAAGAGUUAGUGGAAGGCAAGCCGAUGUACGUUGGUCGUGCUCAAAAGAAAGCUGAACGCCAACAAGAACUCAAGCGUAAGUUUGAGCAGCUGAAAAUAGAACGUCUGAAUCGCUACCAAGGUGUUAACCUGUAUGUCAAGAACCUUGAUGACACAAUCGAUGAUGAAAGGCUGCGCAAGGAGUUCACACCGUUUGGUACAAUCACAUCCGCAAAGGUGAUGACUGAGGAUGGAAGAAGCAAAGGAUUUGGAUUUGUUUGCUUCUCUUCUCCUGAAGAAGCUACAAAGGCAGUCACUGAGAUGAAUGGACGCAUUGUGGGUACUAAGCCAUUAUAUGUGGCUUUAGCUCAGCGUAAGGAAGAUCGCAAAGCACACUUAGCCUCACAAUACAUGCAACGUAUGGCUAACAUGAGAAUGCAUCAAAUGGGACAGAUAUUCCCAGCUGGAAGUACAGGUGGUUACCUUGUACCCACAAUGCCACAACCCCAACGCUUCUAUGGUCCAGCUCAAAUGACUCAAAUCAGAGCAACUCCCCGUUGGCCAUCACAGCCUCAAUUGCGUCCGGCUGCCGCAGGUGCAGCAGCUGCUGCUGGCGCUGGUGCGGGUGGAUAUGCAAGGGGUGGAGCAUUCAGACCAGCUCCCAGAGCCCCUGGCCAAACUGGAGCAAUGCGAAAUGCGAUCUCUGCCCGCCCAAUUACCGGUCAACAGGCAGCUCAAGCAGGAGCAGCAGCUGCAGGUGUUGCACAGGCCAGACCAAUGGCUGGAGGCCCAGUUGCUGCAGGCCCUGGUCGUCCAAGUUCCUACAAGUACACAUCGAACAUGCGCAAUCCACCUCAAGUGCUGGCUUCUGCAAAUGCUCAAGCUCCUCAGCCUCAACAGGCAGUGCUGGUACAAGGCCAAGAACCACUCACCGCUUCCAUGCUUGCCGCAGCACCGGCUCAUGAACAGAAACAGAUGCUUGGAGAGCGAUUAUUCCCUCUUAUUCAGGGAAUGUACUCUGACAUGGCCGGCAAGAUCACCGGUAUGCUUCUUGAGAUCGACAAUUCUGAACUCCUGCACAUGUUGGAGCAUAACGAAAGUCUUAAAGCCAAGGUGGAGGAAGCUGUUGCUGUAUUACAGGCACAUCAAGCAAAGCAAGCCGCGACUCAGAACAGUCAGGCUAAGAAGGAGUAAAGAACCCCACGACAAGCUUCCAGCAAUUAAUUUCCCUUGGCUACACCUUUUUGCAACUUUACUAGCGGUGUCCUAAUUGUCCCAUUGUGAAAGAUUCAGCAUUCGUGAGAUUGCAGUAAAGUUGCUUGUAGUUUUAAUUGACUGGACUCAAAAGGGCCACUAUCAAAAAAAAAAGUUUACCUUAAUUUCUUACAUGAAUUAGAUAUAAAAAAAA